UCCAAAGUCAAAUCAGCAAAGGGGGGCAGAAGAAGGCCUUUGGACAUAAAACGAAGGCACAAACGCUUCCACAACAAGCAUUUGCACAGGAAGAGGAAGUCUGGGACUCAGAUGAGUUUGACAAUGAAAGUGAUCAUGAAGACGAGGGUCGACACCAGGAGGGAAGCAGAGACGGCUACAUCUGGCCCCAUACUGGCUCAAGACAAUGAGGAAAUCACUUCAGAUGAGUAUGAGAUACCCGCUGUAGACCAGAUCAAACUGCCUCAGCAUCCGAGAGUGGCCACACCUCAAGAGAAUAACUACAGAGAUUCUGAUCAUGGCCCAACCCCUGCUGAGAGGACCUCAAGACCUCCACGUCCUCAUCCAAAAAAGCAAAAGACACCUCUAAGAGACCUCCAAAAGCACCGGCAAAAACAGCAGGACAACCCAGUCUGCCUGUUGACAGGAGCAAGAAGCCCGGGCCAUCCGAUUCAUCUCAGAAUGACCUUAAAAAUCAAGUAUGUGCUGCGAAGUUUGCUGCAUAUGUGUGGAUUGAACAAGCAAAGUCACCACACCCCUCCAGUGCCAGUACAGCCUGUUAAAAUCAACUCUCCAUUACCAGAACCGAGACAGUGCAUACAGGAUAUGGACCCCAGCUGGUAUGGAGGACAGAUGACCAGACAUCCCGCUGAAGCUGCUCUGAGAGAGGUCAACAAGGACGGGGCAUUUCUAGUGAGAGACAGCUCAAAAGUUUCUGAUGAGCAUCCGUACACCCUGAUGCUGCUUAAACAACACAAGGUUUUCAACAUUAAAAUCCGUAACCAAGGCAACUCCUUUUCCCUGGGCAAUGGCCUCAAUAACAAGAGUUUCCCUGGGGUGAGGGAGAUGAUUACCCAUCACACACACCCCACUGCUGCUCAUUGAUGCCACAGACCAGAGCUCUGAAGCGCAGAGCCACUGCUGUCUGCUGCACCCUGCGGGACUCUGACCAGUACCAGCAUCAGGCUUAAUGUGGGUGUUUUUCUAUGCUGAUUUGUGUGAAUGUGCCCUUGUGGCUUGUUAACAAGUAUAAAAACAUUGAAACAUAUGUCCCCAUUUCCACAACCGCCAACCUCUUGUAAUGUCAUUCCUGUUCCUGAUAACCAGAAUUGAUUUUAAGUCGAAAUAAACUUACCAAAUGAUUGUUUUUAAAGUGGUUUUGUAUAAUUCAUUAAACAGUGUUUUU